GUCUACCAGCAUAGGCUCUGUCUACACUAUCAAUUAGGGGUACGAUUCCCCAGCUGAAACGCUCCCCCACCAACCUCUGCUUCCCUUUAAGGAGUCGUUGGAGCACAGCCAUCCAUCACAGCUCACUAUGGCGAGGACAUCACACUGGACUGCAUCUUCCACCACAUACCGGGGGUAAAACUCCAGCGACUGAACAUCACCUGGAAGAUGCAAAGAGCCGAGGGAGCAGCUCUCCUGGUUCACAGCUACUAUGCAGAGCUGGACGUGCGGCGGGGACAGGACAAGGUUUACCAGGGCCGGACGCAGCUGGACCCAGAGGAAAUCCACAAAGGAAAUGCGUCCCUGCGACUCAGGGCUGUGCGCUUCCAGGACGAGGGCUCCUACCUCUGCUACGUCACCUCUGAGCUGGGAACCUCAUCCCAGAAGAUUUCACUGGCCGUGCUCAGGGAGAGUGAAAUGGAGUCUCCCAUCGUAGCGCAGCUGGGGCAGGACGUCACCCUGAGCUGCCCCUUUGAAUUUGGAUUAAACCUGCAGCCGUUGAACAUCACCUGGAAGAAGGAAGAAGCCGAGGGGCCGGAUCUCCUGGUUCACAGCUAUUAUAACGGGAUGGACAUGUUGCAGAGACAAGAUGUCUCUUACAAGUACAGAACACAGCUCCACCCGGAGAGAUUCCCGCAGGGAAAUGCGUCCCUGACGUUACGGAGAGUUCGCAGCCAGGAUGAGGGAUUCUACAUCUGCCAUGUCAAGCCGGAACUGGGGCGGUUUUCUGUGCGGAUGCAAGUUACAGUGGAAGGCUCUGUGAGUGACUGGCUAUCACCAGUUGUGUUUUGUCUCUUCUUCGGUUUAGCUGCAUUAUUAUUAAUUAUAAUGUAUAUUAUCAUUAAGAAGCACAAUCUUUCCCUGCAACGGUAAUUCAGGUCUUUUCAGGGUGGGUCCCAAUGGAACCAGCAGGAGGGCAGGGACCAGUUUGAGUCAAACCCGUUGACAGCCAACGAGUCAUCAAAUCCAAACACAUUCCUGCUACCACCUGCCAGCUCCUUCCUGGAGACAGACUUGAACUCACAUACCUAUGGAGAGGACACCACCUGAUGCCCUGGAGGCUCUCGAGUCUUGAAACCAGGUUCUCAUGGUGACACACAGUUUUCCAGCUCCUUGGACUGGCAGCCAAAGCAGCAUGAACUACAGGGAAGAGCUGCUAUGGAUGUGGUUUUGGAAGAGUUUCGUAUGGUCUGCACGGGAAAUUGCAGAACUGAAAGUGGCUGUUGCAAGAGGAAACCCUUCUGUGCUGGCUUCCGCGCUGCAAAAGGUCAGUGAGGCAGUCAAGAAUGAAGGGCUCAAAGUUGCUGUAGUUGGAGAGACGGGAUCUGGAAAGUCGUCUUUUAUCAAUGCCACCCGGGGUCUGAAAGAACAUGAUGCAGGUGCUGCUGAGACUGGGGUGGUGGGAGAAAUGAUGGUGGAGCCCAAGGGUUAUUCACAUCCCGAACACCCCAACAUAACGCUAUGGGACCUGCCAGGAAUCGGGACAAUGAAUUGUCCCUCAGACACUUUCCUUAAGCCGUGUCACUUCAGACAGUGCAACUUGUUCAUUGUCAUCUCCUGUGGGUGUUUCACAAACACCGACGCCAGACUUGUGGGGGAGAUUUGAACGCUGGGGAAGACAUUUUACUUUGUCCGUUCCAAAGUGGACUUGGACAUGGCAUCUGCACAGAGAAGAAAAGGCCGUGAGGAGAGCGCCCUGCAGACGAUCAGAGAGGACUGUAUAUUGCACCUGGGAGGAGAAACAGAUAUUUUCCUUAUAUCCAGCUGGGACCCUGACAAGUAUGAUUUCCCCCGCCUGCAGCGAAUGUUAACUGAGGAAUUCUGCCGUCACAGGGCGUGUGGUUUGCAGUGGGCUCUCUCAAAGAGUUCUUUGCCCAUAUUGCAAAAGAUAAAAGUGUCAUUGUAGGAGGCAGAGCAGAUAUGGGGCCAAACUCUUUACUUGUGUAGCUCCAAUUUACGCCAUCAGAGAAUUUGGCCCAUAUCCCAUUUUUGUGUCCCUCUGCCAGAGAAAUCAGGUGCCUACGAUUUAUUAGGGGUCCCACUGGCCAGGGAGUCACAGUUCUUACCCCGCUCCCCUGGUGUUCUGGGGGAGGGUUGGGGGGAUGGUUUGGGGAGCUGUCUCUGGACCUUCUGAAUUCUAGGUGAUGCAUGAAAUUGUAUCACCCUGUCAUAGAAAGCCGGAUCCACCUCUGCUGACAGUGCACGCAGCAGGUACACGCCGGGAAGGUACUUGACACUCAGCCAUGGCACUUGGACCACAAUCGCUCUGCUAAAGAGCUGCAGCCUACAGGAGAAAGCAACAGUUUUAUCUUCCCUGUCCAGAGAGAGGGGAGAAAAUACACUGCAAAAAAAAGAGGCCCGAGGCACCAGGUCUUAGUGCCCGGGUCAAUUGACUUGGACGUGCUCUGCAAGGCUAAGAAUAGCCAUGUAGACAUGCCCGCUUGGCAGGGGCACUAUUUACAGAGGGUGGACACCUGCCCCUCCCACACCCCAGGUUCCUAUCGCAAUGGAGUGCAACCAGGAAGAGGAACUGCUGCUCCGUGCUCCCCUGAAGGCCUUGGGUGGGGUCUGAGAAGUUGCUGCUGGCACAGGGCUGUCCCCGCCCCCGCCUGUCCCGCCCCGGGCUGUGGGAAAUGUAAAUUCCCCAGCUAUGUCCUGUGUGGCUGAGAGCUGUCAGCAUGGCUCUGUCCGCCCCCACCCUGAGCAGAGCGGGUAUAACGAGAUCCCCACAUGCCCCCUUCGGCUGGGCGGCUCAGAGCCUGGGCGCCCAUUAGCCCCCCUGCCAGCCCCCGCAGCCAGCAGCAGCGCUCGCAGCCCCGGCACCAGCGGGCACUCGAAGCCCUUCCUGUGGGGAAAUAGCUCCUUGGGCCCCGCGGGUGGGAUGGGAGCCAGGGGAGGGCAGGUCCUGGGCAGCCUUGGCCCAGAGAAGGGACCUGGUGAGAGCUGAGCUCCAGGAGUCUCCCCCACAAAGCCGGGCAGUUUUAUUUCCAGUGUCACCGUUGGUGCUGCCCUGAGACGUUUCAGUCGCUCCUGAUGGAAACCAGAGGGUGUUAUUGUCUGUACCUCGGCGUCUCCAUCAGCAAAUACAAAUGGUUUCUUCCUUCAGUUAGUCUAUGGACCUCUGGGAUAUAUAUAUUUUUUUUAACGGUUCCUGGAGGGUUCUUAAUCGUCCCUGGUUAUUACAGCCUUAGAAGUGGUCACUUUCCUAACUUCCUUAGUGUCUGAGUAUGCCCUAAAAAUACAUUGUUUAGAGGGCAAAUUUUCUUAACAUUUAAGACGUCUCGUGUCAGACUGUAUUUUCAUUAAGGCACAGUUAAGAAUGACCCAGUUGGGUCACUUGUUUGUAUAUAGCUGGUUUGUCUGCCUGAGAGAGAAUUUUGGGUUUGAUUUUUUUGAUACUUUUAUAUCCUUACUAAUAUGUGUGAACAAGGA